AUGUCAUUCCUCCUCACCCGCACCUCAGCCGUGCUAGGCGUCGGCCUCGGCCUCUCCCUCAGUCCGCUCUCCCCCUUCCGUUCCGCCCCAAUGCAAUGCCAAUACAGCGCCCCGUACUACCGACCCGAGUCGCAAGCCUCCCCGGACUCAGGCUGGACCGUUGACCGCAACGACCCCGUGCUCCUCAAACAGGGGGCUACGAAGAGCGGGUGGUUGACGGCGUCGAAUAUGCGACAGGUGAGUCUGGGGAGUGUCCUUGGGCUGGUUGUGGGGGUGGGAUUGAGGGCGUUUUCGAGGGUUUUGGUUGUGCUUUUGGGUAUGGGGGUUGUUUUUGUUGAGUGGGCUGCUGCGAAGGGGUAUAAUGUGAUUCCUGUGGAUCGGUUGCAGAGGCUUGUUAAGGGGGUUAAUUUGCAGAAGGCUGUGUCGCAGCAUAAGCCGUUUAAAAUUAGUUUUGGGGCUACGAUGGCGUUGGCGGCGUUUGCGCAGUUUUGA